GGAAUGUGGAGGUAGGAUGAAAAAACAGUUUUUACCGCUUUAACACCGUACGGAGGAUUUUUAAAAAAUUAAUGAUAGCUUCGCGCUCUAGACGUCAAGACCUUUUAUUAGAGUGGUUGGGAUGUGGAGGUAGGAUGAAAAAAACAGUUUUUACCGCUAUAUUGCGCUAUGAGUCAUUUUUUCUAAAAAAUAAUAUUAGCUUUGCUUUCUAGACGUUAAGACCUUUUAUUAGAGUGGUUGGGGUGUGGAAGUAGGAUGAAAAAAACAGUUUUUACCGCUUUUCUCGCUAUGUGUGUUUUUUAUAUAAAAAUAAUGAUAGUUUUGCACUCUAGCAAGCUUGGUGAACGUAUGACGCAAAAUAAACAACGACGAAAGAAGUGUGAUGUAUAAAUAUAAACCGGUUUUCGAAUACCGGUUUUGAACUGGAAAUACCAGUUUUAAACUGGUAAUACCGGUUUUGAACUGGAAAUAUUUUUUUAUCCUCGUUAUUUUCAAGUAAUAACAGAUUAGUAUUCCUGACUAUGAGGUAGGAUAAAACAGUUUUUACCGCUUUAUCGCGAUAUGUGUGAUUUUUUCUAAAAAUAAUGAUAGCUUCACAUUCUAGACAUCAAAACCUUUCAUUAGAGUGGUUGGAAGGUGGUGGUAGGAUGAAAAAACAGGUUUUACCGCUUUAUCGCGUUAUGCGUGAUUUUUUCUAAAAAAUAAUGAUAGCUUUACACUCUAGACGUCAAGACCUUUCAUUAGAGUGGUUGGAAUGUGUAAGUAGGAUAAAAAACAGUUUUUACCGCUUUAUCCCGGUUGCGUGAUUUUUUCUAAAAAAUAACGAUAGCUUUGUACUCCAACCGAUAAGAUCUUUCUGGUUUCAGGAGGGCAUCCACCUUUCUUUGUUUCAGAACUGGUUUCAGGACGGGUUUAAGAAUCUACCCUACCACUUCGUUGGGUUGAGUUCUCUUAUAAAUUUCAGUUUAAGAUGUUCGCUCAAUUAUUUAAGUCUUGUUUUUCAACCGCUUCCGAUCCUGAAAUGGAUUUAGAUUGUCAUGAAAAGUGUGUAAUCGCCGCAAAGCGUGUAAUUUGUGAAGAGUCGCCGGUACCGAGAAAAAAAAAACGGUGUGAAUUGUUUGAUGUCGUUCCGUCGGUCAUCCCUCCAGCGGUGCCGGAAGUGAGUGGGAGAGAGAAGAGAGCGUCGUCAGAAGACAGUAUCAUAUAUGUGGGGUGUGAAACACUAACCCCAAAAACUAUAGAAAGGGAGCGCUUAAUUUUAAAAGUUAAGAAAAAUAAAGCGGUGGUGACACCCCAAACUAUUACUGUAGCAGUGGAGGUGCACGCUCCUCCAAGCACUUCAAGUGACUACGUACCUGUUAUCGAGGAUAUCUCCGAGCCCGAAGACGGUACACCUGUGCUAACUUACUCCAAACCCUCUGUCGAGGAUGAAAUAUUAAAUAUCGCUGAUUAUAAAUGGGAAGAAAUUGAGAAACCCAUGACAGAGGUAAAAGUUUUAGAAAAAAAAAUAAUCUCGGAGUCACAGCCGUCACUCAAUACUGUAGUGGCGGAUGUUCUACAAAUCACAAAUAGCGAUGAAGCCCACCACAUCGCGUUUUGUGAUGAUUUCAAAGGAGGGUUAGUGGCGGCUCUAGAACGCCAUCGGGACCGCCUCAAGAAUAGGUUGGACGAAAAUACCAAGGAUAGCGAUUUACUUGAGGAAGCUGUCCAGAAUAUAUUUUCGUAUGCUAAGAAAAUGAUGGAGGCAUUUCAUUUGGAAAAAACUCGCCUAAUCGUUGAUCUUAACAACACAAAAACUCUCCUAGCGAAUGCUGUAAAAUCAGAUUCUCGAGACUUAUUCAGCAAAAAUGCCGCUGGUGAUAUCCGGAGAUGCGGAAUGACGGAUGAGGGUGCAUAAAGCGGUAUAUAUUGUGUGAGUUUUUAUACAUUUUUUUAUCUAAUCUAACUUUUACUUUUUACGAGCAUAAUAAAACAGUUUUUCACGAAUUUUUACAAAUUCUCUAUUACGGAAUUUUAUUUCGUUCUUCUAUUAAUGCUAUUUGUAUAUUAAUACAACUUUUUACGUAUCUAACUUUUACUUUUUACGAGCAUAACAAAACAGUUUUUUACGGAUUUUUACAAAUCAUAUAUUACAGAAUUUUAAUUUGUUCUUCUAUAGUGUUUAUAGUGUCUUAUACUGUUUUCUAUAAUGUUGUUAUUUCUUUGUUACAGAUUUUACCCCGUAGGUGGCCCCCUGCAACCCUGUAUAGUUAGUAUGCAUGAUUUUUAAAAGUGUAUAUAUUGAAUCAUAGUUUGUAUUUAUGUUUAUUUUUAGUUAGUAUUAAUUAUUUUUUAAGUGUAUAUAUUAAAU